CCGGGGGGCGUCUGGGGAGCGGCCUCUGCCCGCACGGCCCCGUCCGGUCCCGCGCUGCCCUGAGCGGGGAGCAGCGCCCAGCGGGCAUGGAGGGGAUGCAGCAGGUGGUGGGGCGGGCCAGGGCGGCCUUCAGCUCGGGACGGUGCCGCCCGCUGGAGUUCAGGAUGCGGCAGCUGAAGAACCUGGAGCGGAUGGUGCGGGAGAAGGAGAAGGAGAUCGCGGCGGCCCUGCAGUCGGAUCUGCGCAAGUCUGGGCGCAACGCGUACACCCACGAGAUCCUGAACGUGCUGGGGGAGCUGGCCCUGGUCAUGGAGAAGCUGCCGUCGUGGGCAGCCCCGCAGCCGGUGAAGAAGAACCUGCUGACGAUGCGGGACGAGGCGUACAUCUACCCCGAGCCGCUGGGGGUGGUGCUGGUGAUUGGAGCCUGGAACUACCCCUUCGUCCUGGUCAUGCUGCCGCUGAUCGGGGCCAUCGCAGCAGGCAAUGCAGUGGUGGUGAAACCGUCAGAGGUCAGCGAACACAUGUCCCAGCUGAUCGCUGACAUCCUCCCCGAGUACCUGGAUCAGGAGCUGUACCCAGUGGUCACAGGAGGAGUGCCUGAGACAACGGAGCUGCUGACGCAGAGAUUCGACCACAUCCUCUACACUGGGAACAGCGCCGUGGGCAAAAUCGUGAUGGCAGCAGCUGCCAAGCACCUGACGCCCGUCACCCUGGAGCUGGGUGGGAAGAGCCCCUGCUACAUCGACAAGAACUGCGACCUGGCCGUCGCCUGCAGGCGGAUAGCAUGGGGGAAGUACGUGAACUGUGGGCAAACCUGCCUUGCCCCAGACUAUGUCCUGUGCGAGCCGUCCAUCCAGAGCCAGGUGGUGGAGUACAUUAAGGCGACUCUGCAGGAGUUCUACGGGGAAGAUGUGAAGAAGUCUCCAGAUUACGAGAGGAUCAUCAACAAGCGUCACUUCAAAAGGAUCGUGAGCCUGCUGGAAGGCCAGAAGAUCGCCCACGGUGGAGAGACGGAUGAGGCCUCCUGCUUUAUAGCACCCACCAUCCUGACGGACGUUUCUCCGGAGUCCAAGGUGAUGGAGGAGGAGAUCUUUGGCCCGGUGCUUCCGAUUUUGUCAGUGAAGGGUGUGGACGAAGCCAUUGAGUUUAUCAACAGUCGGGAGAAGCCCCUUGCCCUCUAUGUCUUCUCCAAUGACAAGAAGGUAGUCAAGAGAGUCAUCUCAGAAACCUCCAGUGGGGGCGUCACUGUAAAUGAUGUCAUCAUGCAUUUCUUCCUCUCAACCUUACCCUUUGGUGGUGUCGGGAACAGCGGGAUGGGCGCCUACCACGGCAAGCACAGCUUUGAGACCUUCUCCCACCUCCGUGCCUGCUUGAUCAAGGACCUGAAGAUGGAGGGUAUGCACAAAUUCCGGUACCCACCUAACAGCCAGAAGAAGCUGGAUUGGACCAAGUUCUUCAUUUUGAAGCAGUUUAACAAGGUCCGCUUGGGGCUGAUCUUCUUGGCCCUGCUGGGGGUUGUGGCAGCGGUGGUGAUAAAGAAUCACCAGUCUGUGCUGAAGAGAAAAGCUCUCUUGAUUGUGCUGGCUGUUCAGAGGCUGGGCUGGCUCAGUGGGUGUUAAGGAGAAGCAGGUUUCAGAGCACUGCUGUUGCUGUUACAGUGAGAUGGCUUACUACUGAAGAGAGGAGAAGGCACCAUAACCCGUGUGCAAGAUAUUCUGAGUGCUCACUUUGUGUCUGUUUCUUCAUGUCUUUUUUUCUUUUUUUUUUUCCUUUUGAGCUGGGUUAUUUCAGUGAGCUGUUGAGCACAAAGAGUAGCCCUGGAAAGGCACUAAACAGGGAGAAGCCUUGGACUCUUUUUUACUAAAAGGCCAUAAUGAAAGAAAGGGACCUUUGGGUACAAGCUUUCAAAAGGAAAACUGAAGAGCAAGAAAUACCAGUACCUACCACCACCCCGUGCCAUGCAGAGAACUGCUUCCAGGAACAUACACCCUGUGUCUUACACCAAACUGCUUAGCUUCCUUCAGUGACAAACAAGAGCUCACGUUUCAGCUGUAGCUGGGCUGACAUUGUUUUCCCUGCAGUUUUUGGGAUGGUUGCUCUUCUGUCGUGCUCCAAAGAGCCACCCUCUUAGUGACAAGUCUGAGACAGGCUGUGCUCCUGCUGUGCUGGCUAAUGAUUUGUGCCAAUAGCGAUGGUUAUGAAUAAACCAAGCUUGCCUUCUAAUUGAGGGGAAAUAUUUCUGGAUCCCUAUGAGCGAGAAUCAUCCAUAGCUGGUCAGGUGAUGUAGGCUGCCACCCUUUUUGGGGCUCUAGUUUUCAUCACAUGCCUGUUAACAAUUAUUUGACAAUUAGAAGAUAACAAAGAAGAUAUAUGCAUUGCUUGUGUUUUACUAAUAAGAAUAUCUUAUGCUUGUACAAAAAAAAAAACAACUUUGUGGCCUGUAGAGAGAAGUGGUAAUCAUGAAAAACCUGUUCCUGGUCAGAGUCCUUGAAGGGAAAACAAUUACAGAAAGUGCGUGUACUGCUUUGUGUUUGAGCUUCUGGGUCUGCUAUAAUCUUGCACUGGGUUAUAAUAUGGGACCUGUUCUAGCUUGGGGAGACAAUACUGGAGAAACUUGAGAUGAAAGGACCUAGUAAAUGUUGUUUAAAGAAAAUUUAAAAUGAUGAGAGGAAGAGGAUGUAAUUCUUAGAAAAUUGUAUUCGCUGUGCAAGAGGUGGGACUUCUUCAUGUCUGGUGAAAAUCCAUAUGAUAAGUAUUUUUAAUGAUAUGUUUUGCAAGUACAAAAUAAACUCUAUGAAUUUAAAUAAUGAA